GCAGUGUGCUCUUUAAAACUACUGUCGGAGCCUUAGCGAACAUAGGGGAGCCAGGGCGCUCCCGGUCAUCAGAUCGCCGGAGACCGCCAAAGUUGCAGUUAGAUAUUUGAUUCUAGUCCUACCACUUACCCUUGUGCUUAGCAAGUCACUGUAUAAUUCUGCUAUGGCUAGUGAAAAUCAAAGUUUUUUUAAAGAAGGAAACAUCAUAUCUGAAAGACAGGUGUUGGAGAUUUCUACAGAAACAUUUGACGCUUUGGCAAAUUUUUUAAAUUGUUUUCUAAUUCACGUCAUGUGUUUGUUUGGGAUUGUAGGAAAUAUUCUGACAAUCAUCAUUCUACUUUACAACGGUUUCAAGGUUGCUACAAAUGUUGCACUCUUCGUGUUGGCUGUAUCUGAUUUAUUUUUUUCAGUAACACAGUCACUAAUAAAAAUUCCAUCACUGAUCUAUUUGUUCAAUUUCGAAUUGGCUUAUAAUGUUCUCUCCUACCUUUUGGCGAAUAUCUAUAUGUGGAAUCAAUGUGCUGUGACAAUAAGUAUAGAUAUUGUUGCAGUGAUAACAUUAGAAAGGUUUAUUGCUGUUUGGCUUCCUUUUAAAGUUUCAAGACUAAUAUCACCAAACCGUAUGAUCUGCAUUAUUGCUGCAGUAUUAACUAUUACAAUACCACAAUAUAUUCUAGAAUCUCUAACUAUGUGUGUCACCCAAAUUAAUAUUGGAAAUAAUAUUACAAUAACUUAUUAUACAAAUACACUAUUUUAUCGCAAUAAUAUAACAUUUUUCGAAAUGUUUCGAAAAUUCUUUAAACUUACAGUAAAUGCAGGUAUACCGACGGUUUUUAUUAUUGUAUGCUCAGUAAUGAUUAUAUUCAAAUUAACAUUGUCGUCAAGAAACCUAAAGAAAAUGUCUGUAUCUGCUAGUGAAAAAAGAACGAAAGAUUUAAGGUCCAUUAAAACAACGUUAUCGCUUUGUUUUUGUUUAGUAUUUUUUGUUUUGAUUCCCUCAAACGGAUAUGAUCUAUACAUCUCGUACACCGAUAAUUUAUCUAUUGGUAAAAGGCUUUUAUCAUUAAUUCUAUUUUUUUUUACAAAUAAUUUAUCAGUUAAAUGCUUCUAUAAACUUUUUAAUAUACGUCACUUUCAAUGCUAAGUUUUAUAAAACUUAUAAAAAACUGUUUUC